AUGUUAGAGGACGAAUGCCUGCAGCUGAGAGUCAAUGAGGGCUAUGCAAGGAAAUACGACGAGCGUAAGCGAGGAGAAGAAUUAUCCAAACUUAAAGAAAAGUAUGGUGAUCUAGCUAGCGACGAAGAAAACGAUUCAACCUCCGAAGAGGAGGACGAAUAUGGAGAACUUGUUACUCCAGAAGUUGACGCUCAAAUACUGAAAACGAUAACAGCAAUAAGGAGCAAAGAUCCAAAAGUUUACGACUCAAAUAAUAGUUUUUUUGCAGACAGUGAAAUAGAGCAAGCUCGAAAUCUCUGGGAAGAAAAGAGACAGAGAAAAAAGACGGAAGCGAAACCUAUGAAAAUUACAGAUUACCAACGAGAACUUUUGUUAAAAAAUGGCGGCGUAAUUGAUGAUGAUGAAAACACCAAGAUGCAUAAGAGAGGGAAGCUACCAACAUACGCAGAAGAAGUGGAGCAGCUGAAAGCGGAAUUUAAAGCAGCCGUUGAAAAUAGUGGUAUUGAAGCCGAUGAAGGUGAUUUGUUGGUGCAAAGGCAAAGGACUGCAGAAGAAGUAGCGGCUGAAGAGGAAGAAUACAGAAAAUUUUUGCUUGAAUCCGUGGCACAAUCUGCCAACUCGACGGAAAUUUUAGAACAAUGGCAAAAUGUAAAGACAAAUCCAACAAUUUCAAAUGACGAGAAAUUCUUAAUGGAAUAUAUUUUAAAUAGAGGUUGGAUAGACAAGGAUGCUAAUCGCAUACCCACUUAUGAAGAAUUGACAACCGACCAUCGUGACGAUGAGGACGAGGAAUUUGAUGCGAGAGCAGACGAGUUCGAAAGUAAAUAUAACUUCCGAUUUGAAGAAGAAGGAGGCUCACAAAUAGUAACUCACUCGCGUAACGUGGAGGGAUCAAUAAGGCGAAAGGACAACAAACGACAGCUUCAGAGACAGAGCAAAGCACAACGUAAAUCAGAAGAAAAGCUUAAGAGAACAGAAGAGCUAAAGAGAUUGAAGAAUCUCAAGAAAAAGGAGAUUUACGAAAAAUUGCGCAAGAUUAAGGAAAUUACGGGGAAUGAAGAUGUCGGAUUUGACGAGGUCGAUUUAGAGGAAGACUUUGAUCCGGAGAAAUAUGAUGAAAAAAUGAACAAAGUAUUUAAUGAAGAAUAUUAUUCAGCAGAGAAUUCUAAAGAUAAACCUACCAAGCAAGAAAAGAGAAAGUUUGAUGAAUAUCUCGAUGAAUAUUAUCAACUGGAUUAUGACGACAUAAUCGGAGAUAUGCCUGUUCGUUUCAAAUAUUGUCAAACGAAACCCUCCACUUUUGGCCUCACAGCAGAAGAGAUUUUGCUUGCAGAUGACCAAGAUCUUAAUGAAUACGUGUCGUUGAAGAAAUAUGCGCCAUACCGACCGGAUCAUGUCGUAGAAGCUGAUGUAAGAAAAUAUUCAAAAAAGAAGAGGCUAAGAGAAUUUCGUAAGAAACUGGGACAAAAAGAUGUUAAUCGUUAA